AUGCCUCGACAGCAUAAGAUUAAACCCCAGAAGGAUGAGAAACACCAGCAGGUUCAAGGGGAGGCCCGUGAUCAGGGAGGUGCUCAUGAUGAGGCAGCAGUACGAGAAAAGCCCAGUUCCUCCUCCUCCUCUCCUCUUUGUGAGGAGAACACCCAGAGUUCUGAUGCUGCUAAGGGCCCUCUUAGUCCCCAAGAACCCCGGGGACCCUCUUCUAGCAUCAAUACUUCUAUAGACAGAAGAGCUGAUCGAGGACCACAUAUGGACUGUUUAAAUUCCCCGAACAAUGAAGCCUUGUGCCUUGACCCUAUUUCCUUGAGGGCAGAUUUGUUGGAGCACUUUAUGCUGUACAAGUUUAAACUGAAGCAGCCCAUUACCAAGGCUGACAUGUUGAAGAUUAUCAGUCCCAAACACAAAGACCGGUUUCCUGAGAUUCUCAAGCAGGCAGCUGAGAACCUUGAGGUGGGGUUUGCGGUUGAAGUCAAGCAAGCUGACUGCUCCAUUGAAUCCUACACUCUUGUCAGCAAACUGGCCCUCCCCAACAAUGGUCGGGUCUAUCCUGGCAGGGGCUUGCCCAAAACAGGGCUACUGAUGAUUCUGCUGGGGGUGAUCUUAUUGAAGGGCCACCGUGCCACUGAGAAGAUGAUCUGGGAAUUCCUGAAUAUAAUGCGCAUAUUUCCUGGGAGGAAGCACUUCAUCUAUGGAGAGCCCAAGAAGCUCAUCACCAAAGACCUGGUGAGGCUGAAGUACCUGGAGUACCGGCAGGUGCCCAACAGUGAUCCACCGUGCUAUGAAUUCCUGUGGGGCCCCAGAGCCCAUGCUGAAGCUUCCAAGACUAAAAUUCUUGAGUUUAUGGCCAAGGUCAAUGAUGUCAUUCCCAGUUCCCUCUCAUCCAUCUAUGAGCAGGCUGUGAGAAAGGGUGACAGUCCAUCACAGCCUGAUAGCCAUGGUUAG